UAGAAGUGACUUCUCCAAAAAGUGUCUUAGUUCUCGGUCACCUGAGCUCGGGGCGACUCGGUUGCGGUAGGCUUCGCCGAUACCCGCCUUCCGCGGGUCCUGCCUGGAGACCCCGCCCUCUUCUCUGACCCGUCGCUCCGUCACACCAAAAACCCUCUAAGGGCCUGUCCUUUCCCUCUUGUCCUUUCUCAGUCGCGGGUCGGACCGGGCCAAGCCGGGCAGCCCAGGCGCGGUCCCUGACCAUGGCGUCUCUCUUCAAGAAGAAAACCGUGGAUGAUGUAAUAAAGGAACAGAAUCGAGAAUUACGAGGUACACAGAGAGCUAUAAUCAGAGACCGAGCCGCUUUAGAGAAACAAGAAAAACAGCUGGAAUUAGAAAUUAAGAAAAUGGCUAAGAUUGGUAAUAAAGAAGCUUGCAGAGUUUUAGCCAAACAGCUUGUACAUCUACGGAAACAGAAAACAAGAACUUUUGCUGUAAGUUCAAAAGUCACUUCUAUGUCGACACAAACAAAAGUGAUGAAUUCCCAGAUGAAGAUGGCAGGAGCAAUGUCUACUACAGCAAAAACAAUGCAAGCAGUUAACAAGAAGAUGGAUCCACAAAAGACAUUACAAACAAUGCAGAAUUUCCAGAAGGAAAACAUGAAAAUGGAAAUGACUGAAGAAAUGAUCAAUGACACACUUGAUGAUAUCUUUGAUGGCUCUGAUGAUGAAGAAGAAAGCCAAGAUAUUGUGAAUCAAGUUCUUGAUGAAAUCGGAAUUGAAAUCUCUGGAAAGAUGGCCAAAGCUCCAUCAGCUGCCCGAAGCUUACCAUCUGCCUCUACUUCAAAGGCUACAAUCUCCGAUGAAGAGAUUGAACGGCAACUCAAGGCUUUAGGAGUAGAUUAGUCAGAAAAACCAUAAUAUUUUGCUUACUUAUAAUUAUUUACUAUAAACCAGGCACAGUGCAGAUUCCUUUUACAAAAAUGAAGACCAUGAGCAAACAGUUGUUUCCUAACCCAUGACUAUUUUGAAUCUUUUACCAAAGAAUGACAAGGAUGCAAAAAUGGGAACAGUUUGGAUUUUAAUUAGAACUAUUUAGGAGUGAUGAUAUGUAAAACGUUUGACUUCUUUCCUGCAUGACAUAGAGAAAUUAUAUUCAUUACUUAGUAUUUAUGUUCUACCUUUUUACACUGAAUACAAAAAUUUUGUUAAAUGCCGCUAGGCACCAACUAAAGAGACUUGUAAAAAUACUAAAAGUGGGUAUCAUUAAUUCUGUAUCUGUUGCUUGUCCUUUUUUAGCGAUAUGUGGUAUGACCAUAGGCGGUUCAGCUGCCAAAUUAUUUUUAAAUGAUCCAAAAGAAGAGUGCUAUUUAAACAUCUGUCUUAAAAACUGUCAUGAGCUUUUCUUUUCUUUCUUUUCCUUUGGGAGAACAUUGUAGUUGGUAAGUUUAUUACCUUUCAAAAUGUGCUUGGCACCUGCCUUAAACAGCACAAACAUAUUGUGCACAUCUUUAAAUUAUUUUAACUGACAGAAAAGACUUACAUUUUAAACCAAAAUUAAGGCCUCUUAGAAAAAUUAUCCCGGCUCUCUUUUGUAAAGCUUAUAAAAGUGAAUUGAAUGUAAUUAGCAAAAACGGACACUGAAUUAAUAACAUUUUAUAGUAAUAAAACUAUUUUGGUCUUUUUUCCAAGAACUGAGAAAAUUUUCCCCAUAUGGGACAUAAUUUAAUCUGUUUGAUUUUGAUCUUCAUUAAUGUGUAUAUUGAACCCUCUAAAUGGAAGCCAUCCUUCUUAAUUUAACACUCUGACGAUACUUGACCUAAAUUUUAAAAUAAAAAAUAGCAUUGUUUUCUUGGUAAAUAAACUACAACUUU